AUGGAUAAAAUGUUUGCAAGAUUUGAAGGUAGAAAAAGUUUGAAAACAACCAAAAAUGUUGAUGUACAUAAUGACAAAGUUAAAUGUGGUAGUAAUAGAGAUAAUAUUGAGUAUGUUGAAGUUGUUGAUAGUGAUGGCGAGGAGUUAGUUGUUAGUGAAGAAUUAGAAGAAAGUGAGAAAUUGUAUGAUGAUAUAGGUAGUAUGCAUGAAAGUAGUGGUAAUUUGCAUGAUCAUGGUGAGGAUAAUGUUGAUGUAGAUGACCCGAACACAAUUCCCUACUUGAAUCAACAAUUUCCUAAUUUACAAGCCGGGGAGAAUUUGUUUAGGGCAUAUGCUUUAAAGAAUGGUUUUGCAAUUAAGAUACAAAACACACAGAAGCGUGCGAAAGAUAAAUCCAUAUAUGGUCGAAUGUAUGUUUGUAAUUUAGCGGGAGAAAAUCGUGGGAAAAACCCCGUUGAGGACGAUGAAAUUUUGAUUGGUAGUGUUGGUAGCGUUAAAGGCAAACGGCGUAGAGAUGUGCUUCCUAGGAGUGGUUGCAAAGUUAGAAUGUACUUGGUUAAUAAGAAAAAAACAAGUCAUUGGGAGAUAACCGGUUUGGAAUUAGAACACAAUCACCAAGUUGUUACUCCUUCUAAGAUGAGUUUGAUAAGACGGGAGAGACGUGUGACUGCGGCACAAAAAAAUUUGAUCAAGAGCUUACAUGUUUCGGGUGUCCAACCAAGACAACAAAUGAAUAUAUUUGGAAAAAUGCACGGAGGAGCGGAACAAGUAGGUUUUAACAGCCAACAUUUAAGAAAUGUCGUACGUGAUUUUAGGAAGGACAACAUGGGAGUUAAUGAUGCUCAAGCCGGUUUGGAUUUGUUGUACCGUUUGCAAGAAGAGAGCGGCGGUAAGUUUUUCAUCAAGACUCUCCUCGAUGACAAACAAAGAUUGAAGUGUCUUGUAUGGGUCGAUCCCCGCUCUUUGAUGGCCUACAAAAACUUCGGUGAUGUGGUUGCGUUUGACACUACAUAUCGAACUAAUAGGUAUGCUAUGCCGUUUGUGCCUUUCACCGGAGUCAACCAUCACUAUCAAUCAAUACUUUUUGGUUUUGCCCUCGUUCGGGAUGAAUUGAAGACAGCUUUUGAGUGGGUUUUGAGUAGAAGACAACUUUUGAGUGGGUUUUGA